CCACUUAUUGUUGAUUUCGGCUGUGUUUCGGCUGUUUAGUCAUUUAAUAGAAUUGCUGAAGGAAGUGUCAUAUCGUUUUCUCAGGUUUCAAAACCGCCGUGUUUUGUUUAAUACUUCUAAUAGUUAUAUCUAACUCUAAAAUAGGGAAAUAAUUUUUUUUACUGCUAAUCUGAAGUUACUUAGAAUGGCGUCGAAUAGUAUAUCAAUGACUCCUAACUCAGCUGAUGCUCCACUUUCUCCAGAAGCAAUGGACAUAGAGUCUCAGUCACUUGCUACUUCGUCUGCUGGAAGUACACCUAGUAGUGCACCCUCUCCAACCCCAUCUCUGUCAAAAACAGCAGGGCAGUCCUUAUCAGAAUUUGUUUUACAACUGGAAGAAUAUACACCUACAUUACCAGAUCCUGUUAUUUCAUAUUAUGUGCAUUCUGCUGGUUUUGAAACAACAGAUACAAGAGUAAUUCGGUUAAUAUCAAUUGCAGCUCAGAAAUUCAUAUCAGAUAUUGCUAAUGAUGCUCUACAACACUGCAAAAUGAGAGGUGCUGGACAGAGCAAAAAAGCAGCUAAGGACAAGAGGUAUGUUUUAACUAUGGAAGAUCUCACUCCAGCUCUAGCGGAAUAUGGAAUUAAUGUCAAAAAACCACACUAUUUUGCAUAAAUGGUACCUGAAAAUGUUGUAAAUAGUUUUUAUGUUUUAGAAGCAUGUGGUGCUUUAUUAAUUUAAUUAAUUAAAUUUUGUUCUAAAUAAAUGUGUUUUUCUUAC